AUGGGAAUUUGGAAUAACUGUGAAAAUCGCACUGAAAUAAUUGUGUUUGACUGGAACAAAAUUCUUGCAAAGUCCCCAAGGAUGAGAUUCUGUGCCAAAUCAAUGCUUCUAUCUCACUGGCUCUUUCUGGUCUAUGUGUUAAUGGUGUGCUGUAAAUUGUUGUCCGCCUCUAGCCACCAUCCCCGAGGGCACACAGGCCACCACCAAGUCAAGCAAGGGACGUGUGAAGUCGUCGCAGUGCAUCGUUGCUGUAAUAAGAACCGAAUUGAAGAACGGUCGCAAACAGUCAAGUGCUCUUGCUUCCCGGGGCAGGUGGCUGGAACAACAAGGGCACAGCCCUCUUGCGUCGAAGCCUCCAUUGUCAUCCAGAAGUGGUGGUGUCACAUGAACCCUUGUCUGGAUGGAGAGGACUGUAAAGUGCUACCGGACUAUUCAGGUAACACGGUAGCAAAGGAUAAACCUAUGUGUCAUUGCUGGAACAAUGGGAUUUGCAGCUGUGUUGCUUGUCUGUUUUACAUAGUCCUGUUUUUUUCUGAGAAUACUGUAGACUUUACACUUCAAACUUACAAAAUUAGUGAGCAAGAAGGACUAUACUUUGACUAUGGUGGCACUUCUUGA